AAUAGAAAAGCGACCACAGCACUUAGCACUGUUCCACUUUCUCCAAAUGGGGCGAUCACCAUGCUGUGACAAGGUGGGUUUAAAGAAAGGACCAUGGACACCAGAGGAAGAUCAGAAGCUCUUGGCUUAUAUUGAAGAACAUGGUCAUGGAAGCUGGCGUGCUUUGCCAACUAAAGCUGGGCUUCAGAGGUGUGGCAAGAGUUGCAGAUUGAGAUGGACUAAUUAUCUAAGGCCUGAUAUUAAGAGGGGAAAGUUCAGUUUGCAAGAAGAACAAACCAUCAUUCAACUCCAUGCACUCUUAGGGAACAGGUGGUCGGCAAUAGCCACGCAUUUGCCAAAGAGAACAGAUAAUGAGAUAAAGAACUACUGGAACACACAUCUUAAGAAAAGGUUAACCAAAAUGGGCAUUGACCCAGUGACCCACAAGCCCAAGAACGAUGCCCUCCUCUCUAGUGAGGGUCAUUCCAAGAGUGCUGCAAACCUAAGCCACAUGGCUCAGUGGGAGAGUGCUAGGCUCGAAGCUGAAGCAAGAUUGGUUAGGGAAUCAAAACUACGUUCACAUAACUCACUUCAGCACCACCUUGGAACUUGUGGUUUUCCACCACCACCAUCAUCUUCUUCAUCAUCUGCAUCAUCAUCAUCUUCUUCAGCUCCAGUGAUACCCUCAUCAUCAUCAUCACGUUCUCUUGUUGCAACAACUAGGAUCAAUGCUAGUGGUGACCUUGACCUUGAGUCUCCUACUUCUACCUUAUCUUUUUCUGAGAACAAUGCACCACCAAUUAUGACAAGUAUGAUAGAGUUUGUGGGUUUUUCUUCAGAGAGAGGGACAGUGAAAGAAGAAGGUGAACAAGAGUGGAAAGGUUACGAAAGUGCGACCCAUUUGGCAGAAUACAAAGAUGGCAUGGAGAAUUCAAUGCCUUUUACGUCUAAUCUUCAUGAACUCAUGACAAUGACCAUGGAAACCACGUGGGGUUCAGCAACUGAGUCUCUUAGGACCAGUGCAAGUGGUGCACAUGCACCUGUUGCUGAGGAGGGUUUCACCAACCUUUUGCUUAAUAAUGAUUCCGAUGACCGGAGCUUGUCGCCGGACGGUGCUGAAGAGUCCAAUAAAUGUCAUGGAAGUGGCAGUGGCAGUGAGUUCUAUGAAGAUAGCAAGAACUAUUGGAAUAGCAUCUUUAAUUUGGUGAAUUAUUCUCCCUCUUCUGAUUCACCCAUGUUUUGA